AUCGAACACAACACCGAAAAGUCUUUCAGGUUCGCAUCAGUGGCAGCCAGCCCUGCUGCUUCCGUCUCCGUUUCUGCUUCUGCUCCACUCCACUGGCCGGCCGGUCGUUCAUGGCCGCGAUGAUGGGGAUCUCCGCUUUGCGCUCCCACCACCCGCUCCCCCUGUCGACCGCGCGCCCGGCCACGGCUCUCCCCCGCGCCACGUCGCCGACGUCGCACCAACCCAGCUCGCUCACGCCUCUACGAUGCCGAUGCCGAUGCCGACGCAGCCUCCCCCAUUCUUGCUGCAGCUCCUCCCCUCGCGCCUCGCUCUCGCCAGGCGCCCCCGACUCGGCCGCUGCUUUCAUGGCAUUGGCUCCCAACAAUGCCGCCCUUCGCCACCGCCUCAUCGCCCCCAACUCCACCGCCGGCUCCGGAGACGCCGCCGCCACCGGAGGCCUGCCCAGCGUUGUUGGCAUCGCGCACCUGGCGGUGUCGCUGGGCAUCGUGCUGGCCACGGACAAGUACCUGAAGCAGGCGUUCGUGGCGGCGUCCAUCAAGUUCCCCAGCGCCCUCUUCGGCAUGUUCUGCAUCUUCUCCGUGCUCCUCGUCCUCGACACCGUCGCGCCGGCGCUGGCCAAGGCCUUCAUGGACUUCUUCGAGCCCGCCACGCUCUUCAUCCAGCGCUGGCUGCCGCUCUUCUACGUCCCCUCCCUCGUCGUCCUGCCCCUCGCCGUCAGGGACGUCCCGGCCGCCUCCGGCCUCAAGAUCUGCCUCAUCACAUUCGGUGGCUGGUUCGCCUCGCUCGCGGUGGCGGGGUACACGGCGCUCACCGUGAGGAAGAUCGUCAAGACGGAGCUCAUCGCGGCCGAGCCGAUGGGCAAGCCGUCCACCUUCGCGACGUUGGAGUUCUGGGCGUGGGGCGCCGUCUUCGUCGCCUCCUUCGCCACGGCGUUCGUGAACCCCACGGCGCUUGGCACCACGGCCAGGACGUGCCUCCCGUUCAUGCUCGCUUCCACUGUACUGGGAUACAUGGUUGGUUCUGGGUUACCGCCUGGUAUCAAGAAAUUGUUACACCCGAUCAUCUGCUGCGCGCUUUCCGCGAAUUUGUCGGCGGUCGCAUACGGGUACCUCUCCGGGUCCGGAAUCGAUGCUGCGCUAGGUGAUUACCUGACAAAGGUGCCAUCAAAUCCUGGAGCUGGUGACGUCCUGAUGGGCUUUCUUGGGUCUGUCAUCUUAUCAUUUGCCUUCUCAAUGUUCAAGCAGAGAAAGCUUGUGAAGAGGCACGCGGCAGAAAUUUUCACGUCGAUCGCGAUUGCGUCGACAUUCUCCCUGUACUCGACAGCCAUCCUAGGACGCCUGAUUGGGUUGGAGCCAACAUUGACCAUCUCGAUAUUGCCAAGGUGUAUAACCGUGGCGUUGGCUCUGAGCAUAGUCUCUUUCUUCGAAGGUGCAAACACUUCGCUGACGGCCGCCGUGGUUGUUCUGACGGGCCUGAUUGGCGCCAACUUUGUGCAAGCGGCCAUGGAUAAGCUUGGCCUCAACGACCCCAUCGCCAGAGGGAUCGGAACAGCUUCCAGUGCUCAUGGGUUGGGAACCGCGGCGCUGUCGGCCAAGGAGCCUGAGGCGCUCCCUUUCUGCGCCAUCGCCUACGCGCUCACCGGCAUUUUCGGCUCAUUGAUCUGCUCCUCUGCAGCCGUCAGGCAAAGCCUGGUGUUCAUAGCCGGCUGACACACAUAUACACUGGUAUACAGCAACAGCAACAGCUUGUGAUGAGUUUUUUUUUUCAUUUUAUAAAAGAAUGGUAAGUGCUUGGAGAACAAAAAUGCAAAAUUUCCUUGGCAUGUAGAGAUGGAUGGUUGCAACAAGUCAAGGCGUGAGUAGUACUCCCUGGCUUGUAUAGCUGCAAAAUGUUCGGUGAUUGCUUUUCUCCAUGCGAUUUUUCUUCUAAAGGAACAAGAGUAAUAGUCUGAUUGGUUUGGUGCCAACAAUUGGUUCUUGUCU